GUGAAAAAAUGAAGCUUGCAAGGAUUAUAAAAUGUUAUUUACAUUUUCAUCCGCAACAUUGUAAAUUUAGUACAACAACAUCAUCAGUCAGAACCUUGAAAAGAGAAACAUUUCUAGAGAAGAUUUCUGCUGGGCCAAGUUUUCAAAAAUUUCUUAAUGUGAAAUCAAAAAUGCCAAUGGCAUCGUCCAAAGUAAAUGAUGAAUUUAUACCUUAUCUACCAGCAAAUAGCUACAAAGGUCACGGGCGUAAAGUAUAUUUCGAGAUAUACGGAUGUCAAAUGAACACUAAUGAUGCCGAAGUGGUGUGGUCAAUUUUACAAGCCAAUGAUUACGACAGGUGUCAAGAUAUACAAGAAGCUGAUGUUAUAAUGAUGAUCACUUGUGCUAUAAGAGACGGAGCCGAAAUAAAAAUAUGGAAUCGAUUACAACAUCUAAAGGCCUUGAAGCAUAAACGAUCAACAAAACGAGGGCCUUUGCAAAUUUCUCUACUGGGUUGUAUGGCAGAACGAUUGAAACAACAUGUCUUGGAAAAGGAGAAAUCCGUAGACGUUGUAGCUGGUCCGGACAGUUAUAAAGAUUUACCUCGAUUGCUGGCUUUAACGCGUCAUUAUGAAUAUUCGGCAGUUAACGUUUUGUUAAGUUUAGAUGAGACAUAUGCGGAUAUCAUGCCAGUUCGAUUAAAUAAAGAAUCACCUACUGCCUUUAUAUCGAUUAUGAGAGGUUGUGACAAUAUGUGCUCCUAUUGUAUUGUGCCAUUCACAAGAGGGCGUGAGAGAUCGCGGCCUUUGGAAUCUAUCAUAAAAGAAGUUAAAAUGCUUGACAGCCAGGGCAUACGAGAAGUAACUUUAUUGGGACAAAAUGUUAAUAGCUAUCGCGAUAUAUCGAAAGAGACUUCAAUGGAAAGCACUACAGUUCCCGGUUUCAAUACUGUUUAUAAACCUAAAAUUAACGGUCUACCUUUCUCGGUGCUACUGCAACAAGUGGCUGAGGCAGUUCCUAAUAUGCGCAUUCGUUUCACAUCUCCUCACCCAAAAGAUUUUUCUGAAGAUGUGUUGCGAGUAAUGCGGGAUUAUCCGAACAUUUGCAAGAAUAUUCAUUUACCUGCGCAAUCAGGCAACAAUGCUGUAUUGAAGCGAAUGCGAAGAGGUUAUACGAGAGAAGCCUAUUUAAAAUUAGUAAAUGUGAUUAGAAGAUAUUUGCCCGGAGUAGGUUUGUCAAGCGACUUUAUUUGUGGAUUUUGCGAAGAAACUGAAGCAGAGUUCGGCGACACCGUGACGUUAAUCGAAAAAGUUAAAUACAAUAUGGCCUUCUUGUUUUCCUAUAGCAUGAGAGAAAAAACUAGUGCCUAUCGGAAUUAUAAGGACGACGUGCCUCAUUUUACAAAAAUUGAAAGACUGCAAAGAAUGGUUAAGGCUUUUCGUGAUGGUGCAACGGAACUGCAUAAAGAAUAUGAAGGAACACGAGAAUUGAUUUUAGUUGAGGGAAAAAGCAAAAGAUCUAAUGAUCAUGUUUUUGGACGUAAUGAAGCUAACAUUAAAGUUAUUAUACCCAUGAAGAAUAUAUUAAUUAAUCAGUCGAGCAUCCAGCAGUCAGAACAAAUAAAUGUUGGGGAUUUCGUAGCAGUCCGUAUUACAGACACGAAUUCCCAAGUUUUGAAAGGCGAACCAUUAUACAAAACUACUAUACAAGACUUUUACAAUACAUAAUAAAAUUUUUGCAUAUCAAUAAAAAAAAUUUAACACAUGUAAAAUUUAUAGAACUUGCAGUCUUCUAUUCCCAAUAAA